AUGUCCUGGGGACACGCCGUAUCUUCCGAUCUUAUCUCUUGGGAGAAGUAUAGCAUGCCGGCCCUGACCCCAUCUGCUGAAUAUGACUGCCGUGGCAUCUUCACGGGCUGCUUAAGCGCGACGGAUCUCCAUGGGAAUUUUUCGGGAGCUCUGACGGCCCUCUACACGUCUGUUAGACACCUUCCAAUCCAUUACACGCUGCCGUAUACUACCGGCAGUGAAUCGCUCAGCUUGGCGGUCUCAGGCGAUGGUGGGAAGACAUGGGAGCGUCAAAGCUGCAAUCCCAUUCUACCAGGACCACCUCAGGGUCUUUCGGUAACGGGAUGGAGAGAUCCAUACUUGACAAAUUGGGCCCGGCAGCAACCGGACCACCCAUCAAACUGCCAAGCACCCUUGUAUGGAUUCAUCUCCGGUGGGAUUGUAGGACACGGCCCUAACAUCUUCGUCUACACGGUGAAUCCCACGGAUCUACGACAAUGGCAAUACGCGGGACCCCUGGUCAGCGUGGGCAGCAACUUCCACCCAUCCCGCUGGUCUGGCGAUUUCGGACUUAAUUGGGAGGUGGGAAAUUUCACGACCUUAUCCAAUGACCUCGGCCAUUCCCGGGACUUUGCAAUCAUGGGCGCCGAGGGAUGCCUGCGUUCUGAAAAUUCCGACUGGACCAGGCCUGGUUCAGCCCGCGAAAGACGCUCAGCGCGGUCUUUAUUAUGGAUGUCCGUCAACUCGACAGAAGAAAACAAUGAUGAGGCGCUGAGCAAGUAUAAUUUUGGCGGAAUAUUUGACCAUGGCUGCUUGUAUGCCGCCAACUCCUUUUGGGAUGCGCAAACAUCCCAGCGGAUAGUCUAUGGCUGGGUUACUGAAGAAGACCUACCUGAUGGACCUCGCCAUAGUCAAGGUUGGAGUGGUAUGAUUUCUCUUCCUCGAGUGAUCCGAUUGUUGUCUCUGGAAAGGGUUAAGAAGGCACGCAAUUCGCCCUUGGAGUCCAUUACCUCCAUCGAGGUCAUGCGCGAUCCCGCUCACCCAGAUACAUUCACGAUUCACACACUGGGGAUCAGUCCAGAGUCACGACUUGCGAAUUUGCGCGAAGGAGCUAAAGUUAGAGAGCUUCAAGAUUUGCCUUUCCCAACGAAAUUAGCCUCGCCAGUUGAUUCCAAUUUGCCCCUAACAAACCGCUGGGAACUAGAGGCCGAAGUUUCUGUUGGUCAAUUGUGCCAACGGGUGGGCAUUGAGAUCGCGCACAAUAUCGAUUUCUCACAUUGCACAACUCUCGCCUGGGACCCCUGCAAUGAAACAUUUACGGUUCAUCGACCGCCUGUGGAAGACAAGGAGAUUAACCAUGGAUACGAGUCUGCGCCACAUACACUAUUUACACUUGUCAAUGAACAAGGUGAAGAAGUCGAAGAAACACUCCACGUCCAUGCCUUCUUCGACAAAAGCGUAUUAGAAGUCUUUGUGAAUGGUCGUACAGUCAUCACAACCCGGAUCUAUUCCCCAUCAGACCAAUGCUUUGGGAUUCGAUUUAUUGCGGAGGCGAAUGAAAAUUCGCUUGCGGAGCAACCGGCACGACUUGUGCGGGCUAAUGUCUGGGAUGGGCUAAAAGGGGAAUAA